GUUUAUGAUAAGUGUAAGUAAAGCCUCACGCAUCCUCAGCUGCUUCCUCUGGGCGCUUUUCUAGGUAGUCCCGCCUCCAGCGCGUAAAGGACCCGACGCGCUUUUACGCACUGCAUUGAGUUGGAGCGCAAGAGGAUGCCAGGAACAGGCGUGGGAUUUCUACUGCAUAAAGGCUUAUCCUUUUUAAAGCAUGACUGCGGACGAUUGUGAUUCUUUAGAGGACUUGCACACCACUUUUAGAGAGAUGAUGCGCCCCAACGUCUCCAAGUCAUUGCGCGAGGGCAAUGUCACCAAGAAUUCCAGUUGUGGAUCUGUGUCUGUUGGUUACCCUAUAACCAUGAUGAUCACUGGUAUGGUGGGCAACACUUUAGCUCUCAUCCUGGUGUAUAUCUCUUACAGAAAGAAAGAGAAUAAAAGGAAAAGGUCUUUCUUGCUUUGCAUCGGAUCGCUGGCGCUUACUGACCUGUUUGGACAGCUUUUGACAAGUCCAAUAGUAAUAUCAGUUUACCGAGCUGAUCUGAGGUGGAAUCGUAUCGACUCAUCUGGCAGUUUGUGCGCUUUUUUCGGGGUGUGCAUGACAACUUUUGGCCUGUGCGCUCUCUUCUUGGCCAGCGCCAUGGCAAUUGAAAGGGCUAUGGCGAUAACAAACCCGCACUGGUACUCCAGUCACAUGAAGACAAGUGUGACAAAGCAGACUUUGGCUGCCAUAUGGUGUCUUGUGUUCCUCUUUGCGCUGUUGCCCAUUGCAGGGGUCGGGAAAUACACACGCCAGUGGCCGGGCACCUGGUGCUUCAUCAGCACGGGGGACAGAGAAGUCCGUGGCAAUAUGUUUUUCGCUAUCACUUUCGCCACGCUUGGGAUUUUCUCUCUCCUUGUAACACUUUCCUGCAAUGUAGUGACGAUCCGGGGCUUAAUUAUCCGUUGUAAAACAAAGUCUGGCACGUCCCAGUCUUCAAAGCAGUGGGAACGGCUCACCACGGAGACCGUCAUUCAGCUGUUAGGGAUUAUGUGCGUCCUGCUUAUAUGCUGGUCUCCUCUACUGGUUCUGAUGCUAAGGAUGAUCUCCACCCAGGUGUCCUCCCACGAGUGCAAUUCAACAGCGGGGACUUCCAAUCACAGCUCUGGUCGGGAUGUCCAUUUUGACUGUAACUUUUUUCUGACAACGAUCCGCUUGGCCUCCCUCAACCAGAUCCUGGACCCGUGGGUCUAUCUGCUCCUCCGGGAGAUUCUUCUCCGCAAGUUCUGCAUUGUGGCUAACGCAGUGUCCAACUGCUCUGUAGACGAUCAUAAGAACACCCAGACAGCACUGGAUCCUCUUAAUAAGCAGAACCAAGAUGGCAACAACCUACAUAAACCCCAAAGUAGCUAAGUUGACCUUUGACAGGAAUUCUUGUGACUUAGCCGGGACAGAUUGGAUGGAUGUGAAAAUGGAUACCCUAUUGUCUUGGAGGAUACAUUUUUCUCCAUGUCUCCAUAGAAGGAUACUGGGCAAUGGAAGGGAAGUGUCUGUCUGUUGCACCAAGAACCAGCCGAGUCUGAUCUGGGUCCAUUUGUUUUGCAAAUUCCAUUCAAAGUCACCUAACCAGCAUGUGGAUGAAUGACCGUGUCACCUCUUGCAUUGGCUGCAGCGUAGCCUAGUUUCCCGUUUUAACAAUAACAUCUCCUAGACCCAAGCACUGAAUAUGGGUGACUCCAAGCUGACUGAUAUGGAAGUGGUGCAUCUCAUGCUCUUUUAAGUUUCUAAACUGAGUCAUCACUUUCAACAACUUGAAGCCAGACAACUGAAGGACAAAUGUUUUUUGUGAAUGUAUGUAAAUUAAGAAAGAAACUGUAAUUUGCUUGUAUUAAGUUGUAAAUAGCUUUGCAAUAUCUUAAAGAAUGUACUAACUUUGUUUAAAAAAAAGGAUGUGUGGUCAUUCAGAAGAAAAAUGCAAAUCCUAAACUGGAGCCAAUUUUUGAUUGUAGGUUUAUUUAUUAGCAUUUGUAGUAAUAUGAGGUUAGUUGUUUCUGUGCUGAAUGUUGAAUGUUGUUGCUACUUGUUGGGAUUUAGUUUGUAAAAUUUUAUUAUAUACUGUACGUGGUGUUUCAUGGCUAGCAGCCAGGAUUAUGACGAUGUAUUUUGUUACAAAUAUUUUCUCAACAAUUUUCUUUUCACAGUAACUUCAAGGCCACUCUUAUGAAUGUGUGUGGGGGAUACGACUUUAGGUUUGCGUUGUUAAGCAUCGUGAGAUUAUCGAUAGCAGGGUGGCCUGAUACUGUAGCUGUCACUAUGUCAUUGAGCAAUCCCUGCCUUUGCAUUGGAUUGAAAGUAUUCUUGUUUAGUAAAUACACAAUAUGCAAUGACAAGUGUACUUUAAAAAAUAUAAUUAUAUCAAUAUAAGUAGAGAGAGGGGUGCUCUUUGGACACAAGACUGAUGGAAUGAAGUAAGUCACCAUAGAAUUAAAAAGCUUUUUUGGCAGCUUCUUGUGCAACUGCUUCAAAACAAUGUGCUGUGGCAUCACAGGUUUUAAUCAGUGUGUGGGCCGACAGUGUUGUGUGGUCACAGUAAUCCUACCAGUACAUACCAAUUCUACCAGUACACAGGGGCUGUAGCUGCAGGUACAGAAUGUUUCAGCUACAUGAAUUUAUGUGUUUAUUUAUGUGGUGAUUGCCUUGGACGUAUUAGAUGUGCCCAUCCGUAGUCUAUAAUUUUUCUUCUUAUCAGCCAAAUCAUGUUAAUUUUUUUGAAUGUAUACAGUGCAAUUUCUGAGGUCUGAGAUGAAAUCAGUGUACUUUUUUAAUGAGCUGGUGUGAUCUUAGUGCUUAAUGAUUCAAUGUCAUUGACAAAGACUGCUGUUGGAAAGCAAUGGCACUCAUUGUUUUUACAGUGACAUUCAUGUAUCUCAAAUAAUGUGGUGAUGAGGGCCCACAAAGGUACUAGAAUGAAUACCCAUGGAUGCAGGCAGGGGCUCAUAGAGAAUGCACAGGGUCCAGAAUUGUAUGCUAUGUCCCCGCACACCAACACCACAACUCUGCCUUCUAGGCACAUCAGCCAACAAGAUUAGAUUUGCUCAGUCUUGCCUUUGCCUUUCGAAUGUGAGAAUACGUACAAGCUCAGCGAUAAUGACCCUACAGGAUUGUUGUCUACAAACACCAUGUGAAAGAUGAACAGUUACUGUUCCCAUGUAACAGCAGAUGUACGGUUUAUCUUGUAUUGAUUGUGACGCCGGUCUGCUUUAGUAGUUCACACAAAGGAUUAACCUGGGUUGGUGAGUGAAGACAAAAAUGUAGAAGAAAACAGAAAUUGUUUGAUUAUUUGUUGAGGAGUGUGUUGCACAGAAACCAAUAAUUUGGCAUUAUUCAUGAUUAUUCUGGAGCUCAUUGGCAGCUAUGACCGUGCAUCAAGGUUUGCGUACGGCAUCUUGCUUGUUAACAUGCAAGAACACUAAUGUAUUCCUCAACAAGUAAUCAGUUUCAUUACUGUCUUAAGUGCUAUCACACUGAUGUGAGGAGAGUUCAUUUUAAUGAAUGCUUCACUGAUUGAGCUGCUGGCUCUGCAUUGUGAACUUUUAUUCCAAGCAUAUGUUAACCUUGUGUAGCAGUUAAUAUGCACUUGAUAAGUAGCAUCUGGGGUUUAUUUCAUGCAUUUAAAGUAAUGAUUACAUUUAUUUGCAAGUUACAGUGGGAUAGGUGUUUUUCUUUUUACAAUUGACUCAUUCAGCUUCCACUUUAAUCUGCCUCAUGUAAUUAUCUCAUUUCUCUGUCCAGGAGACUCUGAAGUUUCCUGCUCUUCAAUUAAGAAAACAUAAGUACAUAAUGGAAAAAACCCUUAAAGCUAACUUGCCCUUGAUGGAGAUAUGAGUUUUUCAGGGUCUUACAUCCCACCCAACCGUCACAGUGGAAAGGUAAUUGGCACAAUAAUGAAUUUAAAAAACAACAUGAUACAUUUCCGGUAAAAGCCUACGCAAUGCUUACAGAGAGAGCUUUCUGUGAUUCUGUAGUACAGUCUACUCUUAUUAAAUAUGAAUGUUCAUUAGAACCAGAGGAGCUACACAGUAAUAUGAGAUGAACAUCCAGUUUACUGAUCCACACGGUGUGAUCGUUAAAGGCGAUGGUAAUGAAUAUUUGGCUUCAUUAUGAGUUGUGUCAAAAAGCUAAAUUGUUUCCUGCCACAAACCUGCUGUUGCAUAUUAAUCUCAAACUCACACAUGAGCCUCUUUAAGAACUGCUAUUCAACCUGUGAUUGUUGGGUCAUGUUCGAUUUGCUUGCAUGUUUUAAUGGUGUGCAUUUGUUUGAGGAACAGGCCCCUUAUAGCAGGCAAUUACAAAGUCACAAUUCCAAUUACAGGGAAAGUGUUUAUUCCACAGCUGUUAAAUAAGUCAUACUUUUUUCUUUCCAUUGGAAAUCCUACAGUCCAGUGCUUCAGUAUUAAGGUGAUUACUUUAUGACCCCUUCAAAAAAUAUUUUCCCAUACAGUAAUAAUCCUUUUUGUCUCUGUAACACAUAUAACACCAACAAUUCCGUCUAUCAACCUAAAGUGGGGUAAAAAAACAGAAAAGCAUCUAAUUCCUGUUAACUUCUGGUGUUGGAUAUAGUCACUCACAGAAUAAAUGUCUACUUUUUGCAGUAAGCAGGUGUCCUUUCUAGAAAGAACUGGAUGACUAGAUACAGAUUUUCCCUUUCUUGUCUCUGUGGUAUCAAGAAAUCACACUCUCCCAUCUAGUUAACAUGUUGCAUACCGUGAGCAACUGAAAAGGUACAUGAUGAUCCUUGGUUUCAUUAACUUUGUCUGAAAAGCCGUUUUCAAAAUUGACACGGCAUAAAAAG